GUAUAUAACCGACGCCUGUUUUGUGGCCCCGACCCAGUGUCCGUCCGAUUUCAGUGCUGUGACGACUGCUGCAGCGGUGACACGAACCCGACCAAGUCAAACUCGGUCCACUCACUCCACGUACCCACACUACGUUGGUGGUGUUUUUCACACAGGUGCACACCUCUAACCCAUCGGGAUCCGGUGACGAUGACGACGACGGCGAGCGCUGCUGCGGUCGCUGAAAUGAUCGAGACAGGAGUGUUCGGACCGGACAGCCGAUUCGUAUCGUUCGCGCUGGAUGGCCAGCACACCGAACGGGAUCAGUUCGCUUCGUCGGUACUGUACGGUACGGUUGCUGUCGAGGAUCGUAACUGCCAUCACCAAAGCCAUCGACUAGUGUUCAAGUUCAAACACCCGUUGCCCGAGAUGCGGGACUUAAUCAAGAACGACAAGCAGUUCCACAAUGAAAUACUCUUCUACGAACGGAUCGCACCGUUCCUGUUGGCCUGCUGCUCGCAGGGCGAUGGAGACGAUUCCGGGACGCCAUCGCUCUGUCGUUACUUUUACGGGCGCAACGACUGCGGUGACCUGGCGCCACGGGACUUGAUCGUCUUGGAAAACGAGUCCGACCGCGGAUACCGGUCUGCGGUAACCGAACAUCGGCUGUGUUUUGAUUUCGAACACCUGAUCGUGGCACUCAGAUCUCUAGCGAAGUUUCACAGUUUGUCAUACAGAGCCAAGCACGUGGACAGAAACAAGUUCAUGGAUCUAGUGGUCAAGGUGAAGGACGCGCAGUGGGACGACGAUGGGCAGUGGCUUGUAAUAGGCAGAGGAAUUGAAGAUCUGAUCUCCUUGGCUCUGGACACGUUAAAGGUACGUCGCGGCAAUGGUGGUGAAGACGACCAACGUGCUCAAAGGUUUCGGACGGAGCUGUUGGCCGAUGCGAUGAAGACGCUGAGACGUGUAAUGGAACCUGUCGAAACGCUGUCCGUCCUAUGCCACGGCGACUUCAACCGGAACAACUUGCUGUUCCGGUACGACGACGGCGGGCGGCCGGUGGACGCGCUAGCGUACGACAUGGCCACCAUCCGGUACGGGUCGCCGGCGCUCGACUUGUCCUUCUUCUUGUACAUGAACACGGACCGCCGGACCCGGGACGAUCACUGGGAUGCACUGCUUGACACGUACUGUGAAACGCUGGCCACUGCCGCCGGUGACGUCCCGGUGCCGGACCGUGGCCGUCUGGAUAUCGAAAUGCGUGAGCACGCGUUCUACGGGUUGGCACACGGGGCGUUUUUCUUGCGAAUCAUGCUGGAGGAACAGAAACCAAUCAAUCCAUCGGAGUUCAUCGAAAUGACCAACGAUAUGGUGCUGAAGAAGCUGUUGUCAUUUGGUGGUGAACUGGCCACCGAAUGGGUGGCUGACAUCGUCCAACACUAUUUGGACACGUCGUAUGCCAAAAUAUGAUCCUGAUGCUCGUAUUGCUUAUACGCAUGCGUGGAGAAAAUCACACGUAUUCUUUAUUAAUUUAUUUUUUAAGUCUGCAGAUUUCCAUACUUCACCUACAUUCUUGUCAAAUUAUCCUUAUAUUAUGACAUUUCUUGUAUUACAUGAAGUGACUGGGCGCAACACUCGUAAUAAACUGUAGUUUUCAUAAUAGUAAAACGAAAAAACAUUUUGAUUUUAUUUUAUAAUAUUAUGGUGCUUUAUUUUGCUCUGCCCUUGUAUGUGAAAGUUGUAAUUAAGUGGCAUGAUUAUAUAACAUAAUAAUAUAACUACAUAUCGUAUUUUCAAUCACUCAAAUAGUUAUAUGGACAAUGAGUGAGACUAUUUCCAUUGAAACAGUUCACACGAAUACCUAUAAUUAUUAUUAUUUAUCAUUACCUACGUUACCAACCCAUUCAUAUUAGUUAAAUUUUUUUUUGAAAUAUUAGCUUUGUACCUGCCUACUACCAGUGGAUUAUUAUAUCUUAAAAUUAUAACGUUCAUCAUAUAUUUUAUAUUAAAACAAAAUUACUAAUAAAAGUAGUAUCAAUUGCAAUUAGUAAUACAUUAAUCACCUUUAUAAUUUAUAAAAUAUACAUUAUAAUUAAUUUAAUUUGAAUAUAGUUUUUGAGCGGUGUUUGGCUUAUCAUAAUAAUUAAUAUAUUAUAAUUAUUCAUAUAUCAUAAAAUAUAUCGUUUUAUACGAGUCAUCCGCUGUACUAGUCGGCGCUUGCAAGUUGCAACGCCGCCGAAAUUCAUGACCGCACGUGUCGUUCUUAUCGCAGUAUCACACACAUCUCGCACAGGUCGUUUUGCAUACGUAUUUGCAGUGACGGCUAUACUCAAAUAAAUAUGUAUUGCUGAAGAAAAUUCUGAGGACCAGCAUUUAUUAGAAAAUGCGAAUAACCAAUAUUCAAUCAGUGGGUCACAUAUUUUUGUUAAUUUUUGAGGGAUAUCAAAAUAUAAUUUUUCUCAUAAUUUUUUUUUUUAAAAACAAGUCUUUAUUUUUAUAAAUUUUAGAUUUUGAACGGAACAAGGAAACUAGUAGUUUUACAAUGGUGUUUUUUUUUUUGUAUAUAUCCUGUAUACAAAAUUUCCACCAGAUGGAGUGCUUCGAUUUCAACAUAUAGUACCUACCUUAUCUUUUAUCAAAUUGGAUCAAAAUGGUACUUUAGAGAGGUCAUUUUCGAUUUUCUCAAUAGUUAUUUUAGCCACGGGAAAAACUACUGACAAAUUACGAAAAACCGCUUAAAAUGGGAUUUUAAUUUCUAACAAUUUGUUUGCUGUUGCAACGAAUAAAAAAUUAUAAUAUUAUAAUAUUAAUUCUAUUUAAAGGCUAUAAUAAAUAAAAAAAAUUAAAAAAUCUAGACUGAUAAACCGGCUCCGCUCAGAAUCGUUUUUCUUAUACAAUGAUAUCAUAUCAUUGAAUUGAAGUUUAAUACAAUGUAUUAUACAUUGUCCCACUUGUAACCUAUUGUACAGCAGAGCGACAUCCACUUACCCGCUUUUUUUUUUAUAUUUAUUAGAAGAUAUACAAUCUGUAAUAUUAUUUCCAAUUUACAAUGACUGUGACAGCGCGAGGGGAGUAGCUACCCAUCAGUAACACUCGACGAUUUUUAUAAAUUAGUUACAAAAUAUAUUAUAUUUCUAAUUAAAACAACCAUAUAAUCUAUAUUUAUAUCGAAAUUCAUAUUGCUGCCAUUCUCCUGUUUUUUAAUAAAAAAAUAAUUUAUAAACAGAUCCAAGGUUAUGAAUCCAAACGAAUGAAAGAAAGUAUAAGUACCAAAUGUUAUAAAGUCUUGAGUUAUUAGAUAAAUAUUAAUAAUUAGCAGGUAUAAUUACGCACGUCCAUAGUAUAAUUGUUCGAUAGAAAUUAUCAAUGUCAUCAGUUUAUUUAUUUAUUCUAUAGUAAAAUAAAUAAAUAUUAUAAUAAUAAGUGUGUUGGUGUUUGGGCGAUAACCUACCUGAACGUCGGUGCAUGUAUAACAUCAGUAUUGCACUCAAAAGGCGCCGAAUUUCGAUCAACCACAAAAAACAGUUCCGCAGAAGGGAAUGGCUCUCAGCGGGUUUAUUACCGCCGUAUCUUCAGGUUAGGACAAUGAAAUCUAAUAUUAAAACUAACGAAACUCUUAGUCGGUUACUGUUAUUUUUAAUCCUUAUAAUUUUACAAACUAUUUGCUUUUCUUUGUGCUGUAUUGUAGAUGUUGAGAGUAUCUAUGUGACUAUGUCACGGUAAUGGAUGUGUUCAAUUUGAAUUCAAUGAUAAAUCAAAGCACCUGCAUAUACGUAUAUAUCAUAUAUACCAUUAUCAGCGAAGACAGUUUGCCUAAAUUAUUCGUUAUUUUACGUUUAAUAUAUCCUAUUUUUUUUUUAAAUUUCAACGAAAUGUCUAAGGAAAAAAAUGUUGCAUAAUAUUUAUAUUUUCGGUAAUUUUAAAUUAUAGUUUUGGUUGAUGUAAGAAGAACUUUUGAAGAACGUAAAGCUUAUUAAAUUGUAUCGUUGUAGUAUUAUAUUGUGAGUAUCGUUAUUCUUAGUGUAUAUUGUAAAAUGUGUGUGUAGUGGGUUAUAACUUCUAACAUUGUGUACCUAUAUCGAUGGUUGGGAUGCACGCUGUAAUGUAUAAUAUGAAUGUAUAAUUAGUUACUUAAGUUAAAUUAUUUAUACAAUAUAUUAUAUUCAACAGGCCA